GUUCUAUACAUGUUACUACUGCUCGGCUUAAUUUCCGAGUUAUUUAUAAAAAACUGUCAGUAUAAUUAUAAUGAACUUUACCUAUAAUUGUGCGUCCGUGACAGCGUAUGCGUUACUAUUGGCUGUUGACUGUUAUUGUUACCUUAUUUGUAAUUUCAUAGGAAAAUUUAGUUUUAAUUUAAAUCACAACAAUACUGAAUCGAUAACAUCGCAUGCGACACGAAAAUGGUAAUGGGAAGUUGGAUGAUCCUCAAAAUGUAGGACAUGAAAUAAUAUUGAUCCUAUCACACCUAUUCUGUACAUCUCUGUAGAUUGUCGGUGGUGCUAAGCAUAUGAUAAGCGCAAGGAACUCCAGUUAUUAGCUGGCAGAUGUUGACUUCAGGAACAAAUUCACGUGAGUCAUUGAUAUCAUUGCUAGAGACACUGAUAUGCAUAUAUAUUUAUCAGUGACUAGUGGCUGGAGCCUCCUUUGACCUUUUGGGUUUACAUAGAUAUACCUAUUAUAAAGAUAGAGGAGUGGAUGAACAAAGGCAAUAUAGGAAUGAAAAGCUAAAUUUCAGCAUGACUAAGAAAUGCAUAAUAUGUAAAACAGAAGCGACUCCAAUUUCCAAAGAUAGACGUAGCUUUCACAUGUUUCCUAAAAAUGAAUUAAUAAGAAAGAAAUGGAUGGACGCAAUAAAUUUAUUGACAGCUCCAAACUUCAAAACUACAUUUAUAUGCAGUGACCAUUUUGAUGACAAAUCGUUCCAUGAUUCUGAUGAAUUAAGAAGUAGAAAACGACUGCGUCCAGAUGCGGUUCCUCAAAGGAUAAGUUUUAAAAAAUCCGAUGAUACAUCAAAAGAAAAAGAUUUAGAGCCAGAAAAGCUGUUUGAAAGACCCAUUGAUAAAGACUAUUCUAAAUCUGAGAUGGUGACUGAUCUUUCUAAUACAUGUAUUAAAGCCACAAAUGAACAAGAUUGUUUAACUGGAGAGAAAAGUAAUAAUACUAUGAAUAAUGUUCCAAACAGUGGUAAUAGAAGGAAACAUUCAUUCAUCAAAAAAAUACCACCUAAAAAAAUUCGUUUUAUGAAUGGCUUUAAAACAGAAUAUAUAACUCGAGAAGACUUUGUUUCUGAUGAAGCUUGGGAGCGCUUCCUCAGGUUAAUAACCUAUGAAAGAAAUAGAAUGGCAGCUGCUCAUAAUAGGAAUUCACGUAAAGAAAAGAAAAUAAGAAAUUUUAAACUUUUCAUAAAAGGUUUGGAAAACAGUGAAGAACUUGAUGCUACUCAAUACGUGAAGGUCUGUUUAGAAUAACUAUUUUAUAUUUCUAUUUUAUUAUUUUAUUUCGUUAUUACGUAGUUCUUCCGUUUUGGGUUUGGACGGACUUCAGAUUUUACGAUAUUGCAUACUUUAAGUUUUUAAUUCUCUCUUGUAUUCUUAUAUGAUUUUAUAUUAUCACAUAUUUAUUAACUUUGACUACAAUUGUCUUUGUGAAUAAAACAUGAACGAAAUUUAA